AUGGACUUCCUCAAGUCUGCCGUUGCAUCGGCUAUUUCCAAGGGCCCUGCGUUUGGGUACACGUUCGGCGACCGUGUAGACAUUGACGACUCUAUCUGGACCUUGUACAACGGCAUAAAGCGAGAAGAUGGGUCCAAGUGCAGUAUAUUCUCGUUCGACGCGACGGGGAGUAAGUCUCGGUUACCCCUCGCUCGCAAUGCGCUCCGCAAGCUACGCACCCUGCGCCACCCGGGCGUUGUGAAAGUGUUGGAUACGGUAGAGACAGACGCAUACAUUUACAUUGCGACCGAGAGACUUAGUCCGCUCAGCUGGCAUGUCAAGCGCAAGAGUCUUACCGAGGAGACGAUAAAAUGGGGAUUGCAUAACGUCGCAAAGACCUUGAAGUUUGUGAACACGGAAGCUACAUCGAUCCAUGGUUGCAUACGGCCAGCAUCUAUAUUCUUCAGCGAAAGCGGCGAGUGGAAGCUCGGAGGAUUCGACGCCCUAAGCUCGGUAAAAGAGGAUGAUUCAGUAUUGCCUAGAUAUGGAAGCGCUAUUCCGGAUGCACGCCGAUACAUGCCUCCAGAGGUGUCGAAGGGUGGAUGGGAGGUCAUAAAGCAGAACCCCACACAUGCGGUCGACUCGUACAACUUUGGAACACUCAUCUUCGAAGUGUUCAAUGGCAGCUUCCAAGGAAGCGAUCAGCUAGGACAGAUGAAGAGUAUACCUCCAAGCAUACAACAAGCCUACAAACGCUUACUGAACGCCAAUCCGAAGUCGAGAAUGAGCGUUGGUCAGUUCCUCGACCAGGGAAAACGAUUAGGCGGAUUCUUUCAGACACCACUAAUUCAAGUGACCGAAGAUAUUGAAAACAUAGGUCUUAAGUCCGAAGACGAGAGAAAUGAAGUUCUUGGCAAACUCGACGAAGUCGCUGAUGACUUUCCCGCCGACUUUUUCAAGAUGAAAGUCCUGCCCGAACUGCUUAAGUCCGUAGAAUUUGGAGGUGGUGGCGCAAAGGUCUUUGGCACCGUCAUGCAGAUAGGCGCCAAGCUAUCUGACGAAGAGUACGAAACGCAAAUCACACCUGUCGUUGUGCGGUUGUUCGCGAACCCUGAUCGUGCGAUCCGCGUAUGCCUGCUGAACAAUCUUCCUCUGAUGAUCGAUCAUUUACCGCAGAAGAUUGUCAAUAAUCAGAUCUUCCCGCAACUGGUCACUGGCUUCACCGAUGUUGCGCCUGUUGUACGAGAAGAGACUGUUAAGGCUGUUUUAGUCAUUGUACCGAAGCUAUCAGACCGCGUUGUGAACGGCGAAUUGUUAAGACAUCUGGCCAAAACCGCAAAUGAUGAACAAGCUGGUAUCCGUACGAACACAACUAUCUGUCUCGGAAAGAUCGCACGAAAUCUUGGAGCAAAUAACCGAGCCAAGGUCCUCUCAGCUGCCUUCGCACGUUCACUCCGAGACCCUUUCGUCCACGCCCGUAACGCCGCACUAAUGGCCCUCUCCGCAACCGCUGACCUUUUCAGCGAAGAAGACUGUGCCUCAAAGUUACUUCCCGUCAUGUGCCCGUCCUUGGUGGACAAAGAGAAGAUGAUCCGUGACCAAGCUCAGAAAACAGUUGACAUAUACAUAACCCGCAUCCGCAAAUACACUGCCACAAUGCCCGACACCGUUCUCCCAUCCCCCUCGAUUACCUCUGCAAGCGGUGGUAAUGCGGUGCCCCGCAUGGGCACCCCUGCGAAUGAUAGCACAUGGACCGGCUGGGCCAUAUCCUCGUUCACGAACAAGCUCGCAGCUGCAAGCGGCCAGAUGCAAGCUGGCGCUGCUACGAAUGGCAGUGCUGAUCAGCGGUCGCACUCUGUACCCCCACCCGCUGUACCUACCGCAAGCAAGCCUACACUUACCCCCUCAUCGAGGCCUGGCAUGACGCUCACCAAGUCUGCCGCGUCGAUCCCAACAAUGGCGAGCCCAGAUCCGGUCGAUGCAUUCAAUGACGAAACGGAGGACUUUGAUGGCGACUGGGGUGGCUUUGGAGAUGACGAUGCGUUUGGCACCAGUAGCAGCGCAAGCAAGAAGCAGGAGGAGGAAGAUGAUCCGUGGGGUGCACCGAAUGUCAAUUCAGCGCCUGCAAAUUUUGACGACAAGGGUGAACCAGAUUUCGCGGGUUGGCUCGCCGCCCAGAAUCAGUCGAAGAAGACGGUCACCAAGACAUUGCCGAAGGGGCUCGCGAAGUCAGGGACGGCUACUAAGAAGCCUGUUGUGGCCAGGACAGCAGGUGCACCGAAUGUGAAGAGAGUUGUUGUCGCGCAGCCGAAGAAGGAGGUUAAGACGCCGGAGCCGCACAAAAAUGAAGAGGAGGAUGAGGGGUGGGGUGAUGCGUGGUGA